UAUGUGUGUCCGCAACAAUGAUUUUACUGUUGUGAUAUGCACGACAGAACGAGAGAGUGUUUGAGUUGUGAAAAAUGUUCGCGCAACAGCGAAAAACAAUAAUCUGUUUUCCUAGUUUUUUGUGCAUUUCAUUUUAAUUUUUGCAUUUUCUUCCGAUUGAUUUGAACUCUAAAUUUUUUGAGCAUAAAAACUGGAAUAGUUUUUUUUUUUUUUAGAAAAUUUCGUUAAUUUUUUUAUAUGCAAGUCUAUUCAUUUCUUUUAAAACAAAAUAAACACACCGAAACCGAAGAGAAGAAGAGUAGAAGAAGAGGAAGAAAAAAACUCGAUUCGUUGCAAUUUAUUCAGUGUGAUGUGAUCUGUUUCAUUUAUUUCUGUGUGCGUUUCCUUUUGGAAAGAAGAAAAAUAAAAUGUACGAAAAGAAUGAAAGAAAAGAAGAAAAAAAUUGAACCAAAAAUGAGUUGAGAGUUGCGGUAAUCGUUUGCCUUUUUAUUCAUUAUUUCGUCGAGUGAUGAACGAUGUUUUUUUUCUUCGGGCUUGAAUUGACAAAACGAGAAAAAGACAACGACGACGACGACGACGACGACGAAGACAACAACAACAGCCACACCAACCAAACCGCUCUACGAAACAAUAGAAAGUAAAUAGAAAACAAACAUUGAGUGUGAAAAGAUGUGAAAAGAAAUAUAAAUGAAAAACAAUUUGAAUAGAACAACAACAUCAUCACAGAGCGAAAGAAACAAAAUAUAAAAUAUCAUAAAACAAUGAGAAAUUCGUGACGAAAACACACACAAAAAUAUUUUUUAUUUAAUAUAUCAAGUACGAAUCAAAGAGACUGAAAGUGCCUUGUCUGUUUCAUUCUUCUCUCGCGCAUUUCAAUCAUAAGAAAUUAUACAAAAUAACAGCGACAACAACAUCAACAACAACAAAAUAUUGGAUGCAAAGAAAUGAUUCAAGUGAUCAAUAAUAAAAGAGUGAAAAGUGAAUAAAUAUAUCGACAACAAAUUGAAUUCGGAAUUGAAGGACUUGCAUGCAAUUGUUUCGGAUAUACAACAUUCUCGCAACAGGAAAAAAAACACACACCAUGAACUAGACACCACAAACGUGUGUGAAUUGUGUGAAUGCGUGUUCUCAGAAGAAAACAAAUUGAUGUAAUUGUUUUUCGUUCAUUCGCUGGCGAUCGCAAUUCAAAUUCUGCAAUGAACUUCAAAUUGACGAAUUUGUGUAUUUGCCCAAAGCGUAAAAAACAAUUCGAAAUUCGAACGGAAUAGGAAGGGUUUGGCGAAUGAACAAUUUUUGUUCGAAUCGAAUUCCAAGUGUGUACCCAUUUGAAUCGAAGCAAUAACAAAAGCAACUUGUACGCGUACAAAACGUAGAAUUUACAACGACAACAACAAACCGAAGAUAAAUAGAAAGAAAACGCAACAACAACAACUAUAAUAAUAAAAAAAAUUAACAAGAGAAAGAAAAAAAAGCAGCAACAGAAGAACAAAACAGCGAUUGGUUAUAGGAUUUUGUGCGCGCGCUUGCUCGCUCGCUCGCUUUCUCGACGAUCGCUCAAUUGUGUAUGCACACAAAACGACCAUUAAGAAUUUAUGGAUAACGCGUCACAGCCGGGACUGCCGGAGAGGUGAAUGGUGAAGAGGCCAAAACUUUGAAUCAUACACGAGUCGUGCAUUUAAUUAAAGAUAAGUCACCCGUUAUACUGACUGUGAGCCGGGUACAGACGAAGAUGCAACGCUCAUCAUCGAUAUCGGUUGGCACGCCGACAUCUUUAACACAGCGCUCCCCCAUCACAGCACCAUUGCCAGUCGAUACAAAUACACGACGUGAAUUAGAAUUUACGCGAAUCACAACGCUACGACUCAUGCUGGACCAAGAGAAGAAAAACUUGGAAAAUCUCAAGACAUCCAACAAUGGUAAUCGCAACGAUAUUGGACAGGCCGAAACGAAUAUAUUACGGUUACAGGAACAAUUACGUCAAAUGCACGGCGAGGAUCCAACAUUAUUGCAUUUCAAUCCAAUUUCGUCGCCGGCUUUAUUGGCCACAACGACACCAAUAUCAAAUCCGCAACAAUCAUCGUUAACACCAGCCUUCCUAUCACGUUUCCCGCGUUCAUUGUCGUCCCUCAGUUUGGGCGGUAAGAAAAAGUCAAUCGAAAAAGAUGCGGCCAAUUCAAGUCUAAUAUCGUCAAACACCAGUGCCAAUUCGGAUCAUUUACAAUCGCCGGUAACAUCGGGACUGCAUCAUCAUUCAUCGCAUAAUGCGCUGUUGUCAUCGGUGAAAAAUAAAUUCACAUCGGAACAAUCGGUUGAGUUGCGGCCGGGAUUUGUUGAUAAAAAUCGAUCAAAGAAUCAACCACCUCCAUUGCCGUUACGGAAUUUCCCGCGUCGUUCUCAGCCAGCCACAGCUCCAGAUGGUGUCGAUGGCGAGAAUCUGAUUGAUUUGACAAGCAGUUCGGUUACUGCUGCAGCAGUGGGUGUUAAGAAAAAAGGCAAAUCAUCAUCGGCUGAUAUCGACAAUAAAACCAAUAACAAUGACAAAUGCAACAAGAAUUUGUCCAGCAGCAGUUCAGUAGCGGCCGCCACAUCGGCCGCAAACAAAGUGAAAAAACGUAAUAAAGCCAAAAUCAAAGCAAAUUCCGAUCCAAAGAUUAGUGCUCAGCUGUUUAUCCAAAUGGAACGAGAGUAUGACACACAAGAUUUGAUCGCAGCCACUGGACAUUCGAUUGCAAAUGAACCGCCACCACUUCCGCCACGACAGCCCGGCAUGCUCGAGGAAAAUCAAAAUCUAAUCAACAACAAUAAAUGCGGCAGCAGCGGCGGUGGCACUGGUGGUGGUGUUGGAAAUUCACGGCCACCGUCAAAUAGCCUUGAAACUCGCAUGAAUUAUCCACUGAUUGCAACGGCAACGGCUGUUCGUGACAACAUUUCACCAUUCCCAUUAUCGAAUCGCCCGAACAUCCGGCAACGUUUACAACAAACAAAUACACACCAACACGCUCUUGGCUUGACUCCGCAUCAAAUUAAUCAACUGAACAACACGUCACCGCAUCGUCGCGUUGUAUCAUCGCCAGAACAGCAUUUACAUUCCCGUGAUUCGGACACGUUUGAUGACGAAACGACGCCACCAGGUACACCUCCGCCGCCAUAUAAAAUCAAAACGAAAUCAACUGCAUCCGAUUCAAAGCAUCCAAUGGUGCCGAAACGUAAUUAUUUUCAACAAGCAUCGAAUACAACGCAAUCAUGUUCAAAUGAAUCGGCCACCGUACAAAACAAUCCGAAUUCACAUAAUUUGAGUGAACACGAUGAAUUUAUGGCAAAUGAUAGCAUUUUCAAUACAUCCACAUCGUCGGCUGCAUCGUACGGUGCCAAUUGUAGUAACAUAUCCGCGGCACAAGCGAACAUUCUGCAGCGUCAAAUCAUUUCCAUGGAAGACGAUGAAUUGGUGGAUGAUCAGGAUUCGAUUAGCGAUGAUCACGGUCCGUUCAAAUCACUACAGCAACUGCUUGAGCCGGAGAAUACACCAUAUUUGGCGGUGUUUUUGAAUUUUGUCCUAUCGAAUUCGAAUCCAUCGCAAUUGUUAUUCUAUUUGAUAACGGGCUUGUACAAAGAGGGCACCGUCAAGGAUAUGCGAAAAUGGUCGUAUGAAAUUCAUUCAACGUUCUUAGUUCCACGUGCGCCGCUAAUGUGGCAAGGUGUUGACGAAUCGCUGGCCCGUGAAGUAGACGAUGUACUACAGAAUGAGCACGAUAAAGGGGAAAUUUUGCGGAAAAUCUUCUGGAAAAGUCGACACCGAGCCAAAGAGUGUAUCGUACAACAGUUGGCUGAAUUUCAAAUGAAACGAACCGCUGGCUUGGGUACAAUGUUUGGCCCCAGUGAUCAGCAGCUACUCGAAGCCAAAGGCGAUAAAGUGAAAGAGCAACGAAUCGUCGAAGAAACGCUAUUGCCAAAGUUGCAACAACUUCUCGACGAUCUCGAUAAAGAAUCGUCCAAUGAAUGCCCCAAGAAAAUGGCAUUGUCAUCGGCACUGUCGACCGUAUUGCAUCGCGUCUUUUUGAUCACACGUUCAACACCUGGCGGGCCGAUUGAACGUGUUCAUCAUUUUGUUAGCCGUGAAAAAAGCUUUAAAAGUCGAUUGAUUGGAAAAAAUCGAAAAAUUAUGGUGCGCGGCCAUCAUUUAGUCCUUAAACAGUAUUAUGAGGUGGCACAUUGUAAUCACUGUCAAAAUAUCAUUUGGGGCGUUAGCCCACAAGGCUACCACUGUACAAACUGCGAAUUGAAUAUUCAUCGGGCAUGCUCGCGUGUAUUGGAGGAAAGUUGCCCGGGGCCGGUACCAACCAAAAAUGACAAAAUGAGUAAAUUCAUUGAAAAAAUACGACCCGCACACUAUUUCAAUCCAGCGGAACGAACGAGACGGCAAGAGGAUGAAUGCGGUGCAGAUGAUCUCCUGCAAGUUGAUCGUCCUUCACAGGCAUCAGUGGUGCGUCAGCCAUCUGAUCGUCGAUCAGAUGCGAAUAAUUCGCUAAAUUCGACCACACAAAGUAGCCAUCAUCCCACCACAAAUGAAUUGAAUACAUCGCAUUCCAUUGAUAACGAUACAAGCGGCAUCCACACAGACGCUGACCACGAUAAUCGCGACAGCACAAAAUCGAAAUCAGCGCCCGUAUCAGUGAAUCGCUCUGAAUCGUAUAAAGAGCGACUAUCCCACAAACGAAACCAUCGAAACAAUCGCCGAAAGAUAUCCGAUCCGAGUUUAUCAUCGAAAUCCAAUGAGGAUCAACAUGUCGAUUUGGGCAUAAACAAUACCAAUUUCACAGCAAGCUCGAGUUCUAGUCUCUCAUCCAGUCUUGGCAGUAACAGUCCAUCAUUGGAAGCGGUUGGCACACCGAUCGGUGGCCAUCAACAGGGCGUUGUAUCUGCACCGCGUCAAUGGGUUGACAGUGAAGAUGAGGCCGGCGAUCCGCCCGAAGCCGACUGGAGCUCACAUGUUAGCGCCGAUAUUUUACAUACGCUUUCCGAUGCGGAAAAGCGACGACAAGAAAUUAUUAAUGAAAUCUAUCAAACCGAACGAAACCAUGUGCGGACACUUAAAUUGCUCGAAGGUGUAUUUAUGCGACCGCUACAAGAGUCAUCGGCGCUAACACAAGAACAUUUCACCUUGUUGUUUCCACCAUCGUUGCUCGUGCUAAAGGAUUUGCACAGCACAUUCGAACAACAGUUGAAACAACGGCGCAGCGAACACGGUCCAUUGGUGGGUGAAAUCGGUGAUUUACUGUUGUCAAUGUUCGAUGGUAAUGCAGGUGAUCAGUUGCGUGAGCAUGCGGCUCAGUUUUGUGCACGCCAAAAAAUCGCUCUCGAAGCGCUUAAAGAGAAGCGCCGCAAAGAUGAAAAUCUCCAGAGGUUGUUGACCAAAGCUGAAUCGCACAAAGCCUGCCGACGUUUACAAUUGAAGGAUUUAUUGCCAACCGUAUUGCAACGGUUGACCAAAUAUCCGCUGCUGUUUGAAAGUUUAGCCAAAAUUUCCAAGAGCACAUCACCGGCCGAUAACGAAAAAGAGGCCAUACAACGGUCCAGAGAAUUGUCCAGACGCAUUCUCGAUCACGUCAAUCAAGCUGUACGCGAGGCUGAAGAUACACACACCCUACAAACCAUUCAAAAACGCCUGGACAAGUCUCUGUUUGAAAAGGAACCAAAUAACGAAUUCAAACAUUUGGACCUAACACAACACAAGCUAAUCUAUGAAGGUACUCUAACACACAAAAAGCAACCACAAGAACAGCUUCAUGGUCUUCUGUUUGAAACAAUGGUCGUUUUACUGCAUAAAAAGGACGAUAAAUAUAUGCUUAAACAUUUGGUGAGCCCUGGAUCGACUGGAGGCGAAAGCAAAAAUGAGAUUCGUUUUAAUCCAAUAACAAAGAUCAACCUGAUUCUAGUUCGUCAAUCGGCUGUGGAAAAGAAUUCCUUUUAUUUAAUCAAUACGAAUGUAACGCAAAUGUUAGAAUUAACCGCUCCCAGCGCUUUAGAGUGCAAAACGUGGUUCAAUCACAUAUCAGCUGCUGCCGAAGCGUAUAAACAACGAACAAAGAGUCAAAAUCAUGACAUGACUCCGAUGGAAGAUCCGGCCAGCGUUACGAUACCGUCAAGUGCAACCGCAAAAGAGACAACAGAUCAUGAAUUUGUCACAAGUGGUACGUCGAAUAGCAGUGGCCUGAAUACAUCCACAUCAAAUGCAAGUGCGGCCGAAAAUGUUGCACACAAUCAAUUUGCUGCAGAUGGACAGAAAGAUGCAGUCGCUCGUCACAACAGCACGAGCAACGACGCCGAUGCAUUCAGUGAACAUGAUUACAUCAAUGUGAAUGGAAGCGGUGCCCGAGCAUCAGUCAAAUUGGCCGAAGAGGAUGUGUGCGACAAAUCCAAUCGAAAAUCUGAAGUAUAUUCCAAUAAUUCGAAUAACACACGAACACUGACACAACAAUCAUCGUUGGUGGCACCAAGUGAAGUUCAUGUCAGCAUUAGUCCAGCUCUAACGGCUGAGCCUGUUCUAACACCAAAUGAACGACUGAGACGCCUGGACGAAUCGAUACGACUCACUUUAGCCGAAAAGCAAAAAAUUGUUUGUGAUAUAUUUAGAGUACCGAAUGAGCAUUUUUCAGCGAUUGCAGACAUAGCUGGCCAACCAGAGGCUCCCAAGUAUUGUAAAUAUCUGCAGGAGCCAUCGGACAUUUUAUUAGCUGCAUUUGCUCAAGUUCAAUCGCUGACCGAAGCAUUGAAUGAGUAUGUAAAAAUUCCGCAAAUCAAACCAACGGAUAUGUUGGUAAAAUCAGCGUCUCUGUGUGAUGAUUGCUUUAAAACCGCUGAAAAACAGUGCCUGGAGCAGCAGCAACAACAGCAACAGCAGCAGCCGCAAAGCAAACCGACGACACAAAGUAAUAGCACAACAAGUAUCAGCAAUAAUAGCAGCCAAUCGUCAUCAACAACAUCAACUGUGAUUAACAAUAAUAAACUAGCCGAAUUAUGCGAAAGUAUGACAUCGAUUGAAGCGGCAAAUAUUUUACCAGACGACGAUGGUUACUGUGAAAUCGAUGAAAUUCGAUUGCCCGCAAUCACAAAGUCGCCAUCAAUCAAAGUCAAAACCGAUCCACGACGGCAAUCGGCCGCUGCUCCACUCCCACCACCGCCACCACCAUCCGAAGCCAACAACGACGUCGACGAGUCGAUAGACUCAGUGUAUGAUCCGUCAACGGCACCAAUCAAAUCACCGGGCAUCGAUGGCCAAUCAAAGGGCAACCAUGAUAGUGCAUCGAAUAGCGAACAAAUUUCCAGCACCAAUGCAUCGAAGAUGACGACGACAAACAAACCAACGGCGGAUGCUGAGAACACGGAAGUGAAUUAUGCAUACGAUACGUUGGCACAACCAUUGGCCGAACUGAAUUUGAACAGCGGCGAUGCAAAGGCAAAAUUGAAUAAUGGCGCCAACAAAUUGAGAUCGACCACGUGCGAAAAUCUUUGUUCAUUGCCCAUCGAAUUGAGCCCAAUUGGUCAACAGCAUGCCGUACCAUCAAUACCCUGCCACCUCAUAUCAGCCUAUGUGGCAUCAUUGAAUCUACACAUUUCACAAUUAUUGCCCAAAUUGAAUGAACGUGAUAUUGAACGUGAGAAAUUACGAAAGGAAAACCAAUUGUUGCGUGAUCGACUGAAUUCAAUGCACGAACAACGAGGAGAGAAAUUCACACAAUCGGAAAACUAGGAGUUAGAAGAGAGACAUGGCCGCGCCACUUUGCAUUUUGAAUUGGCGCUUCGAAUAGAAGAAGAAUGAGAAACACAAUGAAAAGAAAAAAAAAAUAACAAAAAAAAACAAACAAUUAGAAAUUAUAUCAUCAGAGCGACUUAAUGCUAUAACAAUUUUACCCCAAGAAAAAUGCAUUUGUAUAUCUUGGCAGUAGAUAUUUGUGAAAAGGGAAUUCCCGUUGCCUAAGUUUACAGAGUUUAAACAAUAUUUCUUCAUUUCGUUUUUGUUUUUUUCUUCUCGAGAAUGAAUCAAUUGAAAUGACCAAUAUCGUUUUUUUAGUCUAGCCUGUCAUAAUAUGCGUGUAAAGUGUUUUAACUUUGUCAUGCUGGCCUUUUUUUGUAAAAUGUAUUUGUAUUGGAAAGAAAAAGAAAAGAAAAUGUACGAGCCAUAUUUGCCGAUGCUGAGAUCAAAGACAAAAAUUAGAAAAAAAUGAGUCGUCCGAUUGAUUGUUGUCAUCAUCAUUAUCAUCGUCGUCGUCGUCAUCAAAUCUCUAUCUCUCUCCAUCCAUCGGAUUUGAAUAUUUACAGAUAAAACUAUCGGACAGCAAUUCGAUGAAAACAAUUUUACAUGUUUCUUAUGAAUAGACAUAUGUUCAUUUGUUUGCGGUAUUCAUUUAUACACAUUUCAUACACAUCCAUUAAGAUUAAUAGAAUAACGAAAAUUGAUUUUACGAUAAUGUUUCGGGAUCUGUUGAUUUCCGUUGUCGUCUAUUUGUUUUUCAUUUUAAAGGAGUGUCCCGCUUGAAAAGUUCAAUAGUUUGAGUUUAGUUGUAAUUUUCGGUUGAUUUAAACUUGAGCCUAUCAAGAGCAAAGAAAAAACGAUCAAUUUUUAUGUUCAUCUUUUUCCUAACUACCACUCUCGACAAACAUCUACUCUAUUGUGACCAGCCGAUAUGAACAAACGACAGUUUACACUCUAAACUCAUCAGAGAGAGAGAGAGAGAGAAAGAGAGAGAGAGAGAGAGAGA